AUGAGUACACUAGCUUGGCUACUUAAUAAAGUGACUUGUAAAAAACUGAACACUGUUCAUUUCAAAGUUUUUAUUUGCCAAUCGAUAAAUACAACCAGAAAGUUCCAAAAAUGCCAAUUUGAGCAUUCAUUACGUCUAUCAGAAGCACAAAAAUGGAUAUUGAAGAAGACAAAAGAUGACCCCAAGGCAUAUUAUUUAAUGUCAAGUAUAGAAAUGCAAUUGUUGGCGAACUUGUGUUAUGCAAUCAAUGCUAAGAAGACAUUGGAUGUCGGAGUUUAUACUGGAUACAGUGUAUUAACCAUUGCAGAAGCACUGCCUUCGGAUGGAUGUGUAGUCGCGAUGGAUAUAACAGAUGCUUAUCUACAAGAUUUUUGUAUGCCAGCAUGGAAACAAGCUGGUGUAGAGAAGAAAAUUGAUUUCCGUUUAGGUGCAGCUGUUGAUAUAUUGGAAAAACUCAUCGCUAAUGGAGAAAGUGAAACAUUCGAUUUCGCCUUCAUUGAUGCUGACAAAGAAAAUUACAGUAAUUAUUACAAGUUGUGCUUACAGCUGAUUCGACCACGUGGGAUUAUCGCUAUUGACAAUGUCAUUUGGUCAGAACUUGUGAUCGAUGAAAGUGAUCAAACCUCGGAAACUAUUGGUGUCAGACAGUUGAAUGAUUUAAUUGCUGCCGACAAUGGUGUACGUAUAUCAAUGCUUAAUCUAUCAGAUGGACUGACAAUUGUUGUCAAAAAUUGACCGUCAGCCAUUAUAACGAGUUGUGCUUAUUGUAUGUAGCUUUUUGUAUAUAUAUCAAUGACAAAAUUAUGUAGAACUUCUGACUUUUAGUUGUUUUUGAAAUAAACUUGUAUCAUUUA